AUGCACGAUAAUGCACGCCCGCACGUCGCACAUUGUGUAGAGGAAUAUCUGGAAGAGGUUGGAAUACAAAAAUUACAGUGGCCAGCUCGUAGCCCGGACUUAAAUCCAAUUGAGCAUGUAUGGGGUAUGUUCAAAAGAAAGAUAAAGUCCAGCUCCAAACCGCCACAAACUCUAAAUGAGCUCCGAAAUGCAGCGCUGGCCGCUUGGGACAGCAUACCGCAAGUUGAUGUCAGAAACAUCAUUCAAAGCAUGCCAGAUCGAAUGCAAGCGGUUAUCAGGGCUAGGGGAGGAAACACCCGAUAUUAA